GAGUGAUGCUGUUGCUAGGGAACAGUGAAAAUGAGCCGUCCAUCUUUGGGAGCAAAAGCAGAGACAGGCUGCUGUUCUUUUAGCCUGAGAAAAUAAACCCUGUGUUAUUACAAGGUGAAGGUUUUUUUUUUUCCUCGUUAUGUAGUGAGAGAGAAAAUCAGAGACGGAGAAACGUAAGCAGAGGGCCCAGGUGAGAUUACGUAAUCAUCACAUCAACGCUUGGUGGUUGCCGGUGCAGAGGGACUGUGACACUAGCCUGACAAGUUAACCCAAUCCCUGGUGGAGAUGAAGCGGUUGGACACAGAGGCGUGCUGCAGGAAGCACAGGAGGCAAAGAACAUCUGGAUUCACCUCUUCUGGAUGAAGACGGCAGUGUGAGGUUGCUGAACAGAGGAGAGCAUCGGGAAGCAGACAGGAUAGACACAGCACUCGUCUUCUCACCCAGACACACACACCCACCCACCCGAAAUCUAGCAGUGCCAGUCUGUCUGUCCAGCGCAGGAGAGAGAGAAGGAAAAAGGAAGAGAGAUAGGACAUGUGACUUCCUCGUCCUACAUAAGUGGAGCGUUGUGGAUUUAAGCAUGGCAAAAAAACAAGUCCAGGCCUGAGCGAGGAACACAACACACAAACACAACACACACAACACACACACACACACAAGGAACAGCAAGAGAACAGAAAAUACACUGAGAGAGGCGUAUCUGGUUGUGACCUACCUGCACCUUCUGACAGGAGGAUGGGUACGACAGAAGCCACUCUCCGCAUGGAAAACUUGGAGGUGAAGGAUGAGUGGCAGGAUGAAGAUUUCCCACGGCCUCUGCCGGAGGACGGAGACCUUGAUUGCCUUACUGACAAUCGCACAUCUCCCCCUGGCUCUCUGCACAGAGGUCAUGGAGGCUCAGCAGCUCAGAGUAAGCGGAGGACACUCAUUGCCCCAGACAUAAAUCUGUCCUUGGACCGGAGCGAAGGGUCCCUCCUGUCCGACGACAUCCUGGACACUCCAGACGAUCUGGAUAUUAAUGUCGAAGACAUGGACACACCAGACGAAACAGACUCUUUAGAGUUCAUCACCAGCGGCAAUGAGUUGGAGUGGGAAGAUGAUGCCCUUGUGGCACGAGCUAAAGUGGGUCCGGGUGACAGCUCAGGUCAGGGGGGUGAGGAGGGAGAUGGGACUGCUCGCCUCUGGAGAACUGUGAUCAUUGGAGACCAGGAGCACCGGAUAGACAUGCAGGUCAUCAGACCAUAUUUGCGUGUGGUCACUCACGGAGGUUAUUAUGGAGAAGGUCUGAAUGCCAUCAUUGUGUUUGCGGCCUGCUACCUCCCGGACAGCAGCUGUGCCGACUACCAUUACAUCAUGGAGAACCUCUUCCUGUAUGUGAUCAGCAGUUUGGAGUUACUCGUAGCUGAGGACUAUAUGAUCAUAUACCUGAAUGGAGCAACUCCACGUAGGAGGAUGCCUGGCAUCAGCUGGCUCAAGAGAUGCUACCAGAUGAUUGAUAGAAGGUUAAGGAAGAAUCUCAAAUGUCUGAUUAUUGCACACCCAUCCUGGUUUAUUCGGACUGUUCUGGCCAUCUCACGCCCUUUCAUUAGUGUGAAGUUCCUGGAUAAGGUUCGCUAUGUACAGAGUCUGGAGGAGUUGGCUCAAAUCGUCCCUAUGGAGCAUGUGCAGAUCCCGGAGUGUGUGCUGCAAUAUGAUGAGGAGCGCCCCAAGGCCCAGACAGAAAGGCUUGUGGAAGACCAGACACAGAGUGACAAAUCAGUCCCAGGAAGGAACACAUCGGUGGCUGCGGAGGCUUGUCCAUGACUUUAGUUCAUCGUUUUGGCAAAGGACAACGAGCUGUGUGAGCUUUCUUCCUUUAACGCCAACAUCUGCAUCUGUUUCCUACAAUGCAGCGAUCCAUCAUCAUCCUUCUGUCUGAAAAGGCACUUAAGAGACUUUAUAUAUGCAAUCAGUGGCCACUUUAAAAGGAACGUCUAGACACCUGCUCAUUCAUGAAAUUAUCCAAUUAUCAUGUGGCAGCAGCACUGAUCUGCUUCUCUCCUGACACUUCAACUUUAAGGAUUUAGUCCAGUUUAGGUGAACCUGUGCCCACUGUCACCUCGAAUUCCUGUUCUUAGCUGACAUGAGUGGAACCCAAUGUGGUCUUCUUCUGUUGUAGUGCCUCAAUGUUCAGUGUGUUGUCCAUUCUGAGAUGCUUUUCUGCUCAACAUGGUUGUACAUAAUGGUUGAGUUUUCAUAGCCUUCCUGUUACCUCAAUCCAGUCUGGUCAUUUUCCUCUGAGCUUUCUCAGCAGAAAGGUGUUUCCUACAGUACAACUACCACACAAACCAGUUAGUCUGGCACCAACAAUAACGUCACAGUCAAAGUCACCGAGAUCACGUUUUACCCCAUUCCGAUGUCUCGUUUUUUAUCUGCCUGAUUUCAUUAAUUGGCUGAUUAGAUGAUUGCAUUAUUAUGAGCAGGUGUACAGGUAUUCCUAUUAAAGUAGGCAAUAAGCAUUUCCACUUUAACCCGAGGAACGACUCAAUGGACUAUACUGUAUGUACUGCAACAUAUGAAAAAAAAAAAAACUCAAGCAACUUAUCCAAAGAGCACAAAAAUGUGACUUUUUACUAGACUCAACCCAGUCUCAUUUUCAACCAGAAGGCAUGGAGAACAUGUUUUAAUGUCACUAAGUGUAGGACCGCAGUGUAUAAAUUAUGUGGAGAGGCUCAGCAUGGACAGCCAUGUGUGUUUUUUUGUGUUGCACUGGUACAGUUGCACUAAUUGCUCUAAAGUCCGUAGUUAAUAACAUACAGUACACACGGUCAGUGGUUUAUUAUUUUUGUGCAGUUCAUCAUCAUUCCAGACAUCGUUCACACCAGCAGAAUUUUGCUACUGUAGUAGAAGGCAUAAAUGAAAUAAAGCAGCCAUGUAAAAUAUUCUGUAUACUGUAAAAUACUUUGCUUCUGUUAAAGUUUUCCCUUUAUAGCAAAAAAAAUAACACUUCAUAAAUAACUCAUUACAGGAUUUUAUGCUUUAGAGCGGAUGUAUUAAUGCGUUCCUAAAAACAAGUCAUGGGUGUAAUAAUAAAAAUAAAUGCAAUAGUUCUCAGUAGUGAAUGUUAGCUUACACAUAUCUCAAUAAUAUUCAUUUCCUACAAUCACGUACAGUAACUACAGGAUUUAUAAAUGUUUAUGAUGUAACUACUGGAUUUCUAAAAAAAAUUUUAAAAAUAAUAAAGAAAUUCAAUGAGGUAACUUUCUGAAAUUUCCGUGAUGUAUCUACAGGAUCUUUAAUUCAUUCCGUUGAUUCAGGAGGGAUCUUUUAAAAUACUGUAGCCAUGUUAUUGUACAUACUGAUCACACUGUACAGUGCACUGUAAGUAAAAAAAAAAAAUUGUAUUUGUAUCAAUGUGUUUCGGUUUCAUAGAUACUCAUAGAUUUGUGUGAAUGUUGUGACAAUGGUUGUUGAAGUAGACAUGACAUAAUAAAGUUAAAUCAGAGU